AUAGCACCAUUGCAUGGGUGGCCGAGUAUUUCCACUGAAAUUUCAAAGAGAAAUCAAUAUAGUUAUUUAUGUUACUUUGUGAAGUUCAAAAGUUAACACGUCAUGAAAUUGGGAUGGACAAUCAUCUUGGCAUCGCUAGUAGUCGCAAAGCUGGUGUCUGGUGACAAAGAUAAGUCAUCCUCGGAUGAAAAUUCUCCCAAGAAAGCUCAUAAGAAUGUGAAGCAGCCUAAAUCUUCGAUACACAUGGAAACACACCGAUUUGGCGAAGACUAUAUAAUCUCAACCGACCCAAAAAUAAACAACAUACAACUGCAGGGAACUUAUAAGGGGAUAAUUUUUUUGGACGAAUUCAAACAGCAGGGACAGCCUUUAGAAGUGAAAGUCUUCCGUUACAAUAAGAAAUUCGAUAACAAGUGGCUAACAAAAGUGGAAAUAAGAGUUAUUGAACCAAGAGUCAACCGAGAUCCUAUUAUAUUCGGAUGUAGCGUCUGCCGAAGACCUAAUGUGUUCAUAAACCGACUCAAAACUGUCGUAUACAGCAAUAAUGACGUUUACGGGAUUCUGGCCUACAGAGGGAAACCGUUGAUGUCAAUGAGAUUCAAUGCUUGCAGUGAAAAACAAAUAGCAGGGAUAGUGAGACCACUGGAACCAAUGACUCAUAAGAGGUGUAAAGAAGCUAUAAAGGAAAUGAAGCACCCAGGUAGGGCAAAGGUGGUGAAUUCAUUUGGAUCUGUCUUGAAGAGGUUGGUUGAGAAACUGUUCGGCUGGCUAAUGACAACAAACAAAUUAAAAAAAUAUCCCAUAGGUAAUUAUAAACCCGGAGCCACCACUGCAACGCCAGCUACACAAGCCGCUACCCCUCCUGCAGCCGCUACCCCUCCUGCAGUCGCCAGUCCUCCUGCGGACACAACGAAGACAUAAACGUGGACAUGGGCUGAGUUGCAUUUGUAAAAGUAAACGUAAUUUGGGAAU